AUAUUCAACAUGAAUAAGACAAAUAUACUGUCUGCUCAGAAGGUUAAACUUCACGGAAUGACUUCGUCAAAAUGGACAACUAAAGAUAAAAUCACUCAAUAUAAAGGACUGAUAAAUUUAUACACAAGAGAUAAAAAGAUUAUAGAAAUGGACACCAUUGUUGAAGAAAAGAAACAAAAUAGGGAACUAAAAAAUAUUCAAAAAGAAAUAGAAAAAAACAGACAAGAUUUAGAUAAUGCUAUUCGAGGAGAUAAACAAAAAAUUAGAAAUAUUUUAGCGGAACACAAAGAAAUUCAGUUAGCAUUUCAGAAUGCCCCACCACAGAAAAUUAUAGAUAUGAUACAUCAGGUAACUUUCACAAAAAGAAAAAUGAGAGAUAUGUUAAAAUACAGAAUGAAGCUAAAGUCUGAUAAGUUAAUUGACCUAAAGAUUAGGCAAGCUCAAUAUGAAGACAACAUAAAAUAUCAAGGAAAAAGUUGGCAAGCAAUGUUACCUUGUGAAAAAGACGCUCACCUAAUCACCGGUAAAGUGCAAGAUGCAAUUUUGAAAAAGGAAGCUGCAAUAUACAUCCGCAAUUCUUAUAAGGAAAUGAUAGCGAUUAUGAAAAAAGACACUCUCUACUUUGACGCCAUUUUGGUGUCUAUUCGCAACGAUGGCAUAACUCAAGGCAAAUGCAUGAUCAACGCAACGACAUUGGGGCAAUUAGGAACAGAGUAUCUGGACGACAGAAGGCAAGAAUUUCAGUUGCUAGAAACGCUCGUGAAGAGAGAUAUGGUCAGUCGUAAGAAGGAUUUGGAAACGGCAAGGAAAAAUGUGGCGAGUUUCGCAAUGAAUAUGAAACACGUCCUGAGGCGUGAUAGCGACAUUAACCUAGGAAAAGUGGAACUAGACGAAUCUCCCAGCUUUGUUAACUUAAAGGAAGACGUUAACACCAUCGAGAGUACAUUAAAUUAUUUGAAAAAUUUAAUAUUCACUCCCACCAUCCAGUCAAUAUAUCCAUGUUUGCAAGAGCAAAUGCGCCAGAAGGACAGAUUGACAGAGUUUGUAGAAAGGUGUGAGAGGAACAGAGAAAUUUUACAUAAAAAAGUCGAGCAUGCUACCGUUAUGAGAACGGAAUUGAAAAACACGAUGAUAGAAACCACAUCUUUGUCAGUACUGACUCGUAUAUCCUAGUUUUUCAACUAAACCCGUUACACUUUUUUAAGGUAUAAAAGUGAAAAGCACGAGUUAUUAAAAAAAAUUGAGAGCGAAGUCGAAAGGAAAAAUGAGCUAAACACGUUAAUAGAGAGCAGAUAUAAUCUACUGGCAAAUGUUAGAAUAUCACUAAAGCAUUUCCAAUUGUUGGCACGAUUACUCUCAACUGGCAAAAUAGCUUUCGGUAUCGGUAGUAAUGUUUUUACCGACGAUUCACUACAGAAACCCGAGGAAGACGAAAUUGAUGGCACAAAGAUUAUCCCCGAAUUGGUAACCAAGUUUACCAAACUGAUAACCAAUUCAAAAGACGCAGCUCCAGAUUUGCAAAUGGACGAUGGCUAUAAAAUAUUUGAGCAUAUGAUGCACGAAAGGUCCAAGAUGACGCAAGUGGAUACGGUAAUCAGCGAAGAAUCGUUGAUAGAAACGGUAUUCCUCGAUGCACAAGUCCUUAGUAGGGACGACAUUAAAAACCAAAGUGCAGAGAUCGUAGCAGUGAAUAGCAUAGACGAAGACUUACUACCGGCACAAAAACCUAAGAAAAAGAGGAAAUGAUCAUAUGCUGCCGCAAUUAUUUAAACAUGUUUGAUUACAAAAAUAACCAUUU